AUGAAUUCCAGCGCCUCAACGAUCAACAUGGAAACUGGAUUUCGGAGUAUACUUGCUGCUAAACCUGUCUUGAAAGAUGGUUGUAGAUUCCGUGUGGGUAAUGGUUCUUCCAUUAGAAUCUGGCAUGACCCUUGGCUUCCUAGCCCCAGCCAAGGUUUUAUUACUUUAGAACCAAGUUCGGGAAGAGAAGAUACCACUGUUGAUCAGCUUAUUUUGCCAGGGGAGAAUAGUUGGGACUACGAUCUUCUUGCUGAUCUUUUUAGUGAGGAAGACCGUGGGCAAAUCAUGAAAAUUCCCCUAACAGUUCAUGGGAGGGAAGAUCAAAUGUACUGGAUUCAUGACAAGAAGGGUGUUUACUCGAUCAGAAGUGGAUAUAAGUCAUUGAUGGCGGACUCUUUCAUACACUCUUAUUCUACCAUUGAGAGUUUUUGGACAAAACUUUGGAGAUUUAAAAUUCCGGCAAAGGUUCGAAAUUUAAUUUGGAGAGCAUCAUUAAAUGUUCUCCCAACAGUUGAUCAACUAAGGGCUCGAAAAGUCGAAGUUGACAAUCAUUGUCCAGUUUGCUCUAUACACGAUGAAUCAGUUCUCCAUGCUUUUGUCUCUUGUGAAUUUGCCCAAAAGCUUUGGCGCGAUGCUAAUCAGCCACCUUCAAAACUUGCAAUCAGCUCCAGCAGUGCAGAGCUUGUUAAGUGGAAACCACCUACUAGGAGUUCCCUUAAAUUAAAUAUUGAUGCAUCCAUUUUUGAAGACCAAGGGAAGGCCAGGCUGGGCUUUGUGAUUCGUAAUGAUUAG